CGACGAUAGAACUGGACCUCAGUAGUUAGUGGGAUGCAAAGAAGGUGCAACUUAUUGGCGCCUGUACAAAUGGUCCAACAUAGGAGAGAAAAAUAGUGCAGAAUGAUUCUGUUCAACGGAAAAAAGUGCAUCGCCUUGGCUGGAUUAAUAUUUAUUCUUUGUUGCCACCGCUGCAGCUGUAAAAACUCCAAAAAUCGGGGAAAUAAAACGGAUAAUUUAUUUUUAGAUAGUGAAUCAUCUCUACAAACUUUAACAAAAUGCCCUCCAAACAUCAAAACCAAAUGUCCACAAGACUGCAUCAUCAAAAACAACAAACCGACGUGUCGCUGCUUCCCAGGCUACACCUUCAAACAUAAAAAAUGCAUCGACAUAAAUGAGUGCAAAAAUGGUAAACACAAAUGCGAGAAAAAAUGCAUCAACCUUCCGGGUUCCUACAAAUGCGCCUGCCCUCAGGGCUUCCGCCUCCUCCCAGAUGGUAAAACCUGCGAAGACAUUAACGAAUGCCUCCUGCGAAAUGGGCAUGGGCCGUGCCAGGACUUGUGCGAAAACACCCAUGGCUCGUACAAGUGCAUUUGUCGCAAUGGGACCAAAUUGGCGCCCAAUGGGCACUCGUGCACCGAUUUGGACGAAUGCUCGGAGAAGAAUUCAGGCUGUUCGCAUGGGUGUAUCAACACCCAUGGACGUGUGUACUGCACUUGUCCCAUUGGGCUGGAGCUGGGCCCGGACUGGAAGACUUGCAAAGAUGUUAACGAGUGUGACGAUGAGAAGAUUAAGGGUAGCUGCCCAUAUGGGUGUGUUAACACAGUUGGGUCGUAUUUUUGUGCCAAAGCCAUGGCGGAUCAACCGGUUGAUGAAGACGAGGAUUAUGAAGGUGAAGAAGACGAUUACGAAACUGAAGAAUACGAUGAUAAAGACUAUGAAGAAGAGCAAGAGAGGAACAAAACUGAUAAGGAAUACAACGGUAUUGAUAACGUGCCAGAACUGAACUUUGAUAAGGUCGAUGAGGCUCUUGAAAUAAAUAAAAAUGAAAAUGUGAUAAGCAAUAAUAAGUCUGAAGUUAUUGAUAAGGGUGUGAAUGGAAAGGAAGAAAUCACGAAUAACAACACCGACGAGUAUGAAGACGAAGACGAUUACGACGAUGAAGAAGAAGAAGAUUACGAAGAUGAAACAGACUCGACUGAGAAACCGUUCACAAUUGUUGAUUCUUUACCAACCACCACGAGAACUACUGAAGAAAUCGCCACAACGUUGGCUCCGAUUGCGCAAAGUGAAGACGAUGAAGAAAGUUUUACCGAAGAAACUGUGAACAAACCGGAAGAAAGCGAUUUGCCUGAAAGCAGAACUGAAACGGAGAAUUUAACAACGACUGAAGAUAAUGAAAGAGCGGUUGAUGAUGAUGACGAAGAUUAUGACGAAGAUGAGGAUGAAGAUUAUGACGAUGAAGACGACGAUUUUGGGGAUCAUGAUCGCUGUAUUGAAGGCUACGAAAUGAAUGAUAAAGGCGAUUGUGUCGAUAUCGACGAAUGUCUCUCCAGCUCACCCCCCUGUUCGCACGACUGCGAGAACCUCGAAGGCGGCUACAAAUGCCUCUGCCCCCCCGGCUACGAGCUCGACAUCCCCGACUUCAACACCUGCCAAGACCUCAACGAGUGCAUCUCCAACCCUUGUGCCUACAAAUGCGUCAACGAAAUCGGCACCUUCCACUGCGAAUGCCCCGAAGGCUACCUCCUCCUGGCCAACAACAGCUGCACCAAAAUCACCUGCCCCCAAGACCACGUCGUCGAACACGGCGUCCAGCGCUGCAUCUGCCCCCGUGGCUACACCCAGAGUCGAAACAAGAUCACCUGCGACGAUGUUAACGAAUGUGACGGCGACCACGGCUGCACCCAUCUGUGCAUCAACCACGAGGGCUCCUACUCAUGCUCGUGUUACGAUGGGUUCGCCCUUGAACGCGAUAAUAGGACUUGCAGCGAUGUUGAUGAGUGUCGGAAGGGCGUUUGUGGGCAAAAAUGCGAAAACACGGAAGGGAGUUUUCGGUGUUUUUGUGACAAAGGGUACGAACUUGCAAAUGAUGGGAAAACUUGUCUUGAUAUUGAUGAAUGUAAACGGGAGGAUUCUUGCGAACAGUUGUGCCACAAUUUUGACGGGGGGUACGAAUGUGGGUGUGAAAAAGGGUUCAAGCUGGAUGAGGAUGAGUCGAGUUGUUACGACAUCAACGAGUGUGAGUCAAACAAUGGGAACUGCUCCCAAAUUUGUGAAAACUUCGACGGUGGUUUUGUCUGCAAGUGUCACAAUCACUACAAGUUGUCCCAUGACAAUUACACCUGUGUCCCACUUGAUCCCUGUCAAGAGAACAACGGGGGGUGUUCCCACAUUUGCACAAAUGACAAUAACGAAGCGGUUUGUAAAUGUCCCGAAGGAUACGAACUGGAGGACAAAAGUUGCGUCCAAAUCAACCCUUGUACAAUCAACAACGGGGGUUGUUCCCACUUUUGCCAGCAUAUCAACGACCAGAUCAAUUGUCAUUGUCCCGAAAGAUACGAUUUGGUCAACGACACACUUUGUGUUGAGCAAAGUCCCUGUCUGGACCACAACGGGGGUUGUUCCCACAUUUGCGCAACCGUCAAUAACCAAGUAAAGUGUGAAUGUCCCGAAGGUUACGAACUGGAUGACAAAACCUGUUUCAAAAUCAACCCUUGUACAAUACAUAACGGGGGUUGUUCCCACCUUUGCACAAUCGUCAAUAACCAAGUGGCUUGUGAAUGUCCCGAAGGUUACGAACUGGAGGCCAAAACCUGUCUCAAAAUCAACCCUUGUACAAUCAACAACGGGGGUUGUUCCCACUUUUGUGAAUUCGUUGACGACCAAAUCAAUUGUCUAUGCCCCGAAGGACAUGACUUGGUCAAUGACACACUUUGUGUUGAGCGAAAUCCCUGUCUGGAGGACAACGGGGGUUGUUCCCACUUUUGCGCUUUCUCCAACCACACUAUCCUUUGUUCCUGUCCCCACACUCACGAGUUACAUAAUGAAACGUCCUGCUACCUCAAAAACCCCUGUCUGGACCAAAAUGGGGGUUGUUCCCACUUUUGUCAUUUCGAAAACGACCAAUUGUCCUGCUCCUGCCCUGACAAUUUCUACCUUGAGGGCAGGAUUUGUUACCGUAAGGACCCAUGUCUUGUCAAAAACGGCGGGUGUUCGCACCAAUGCUUUUCAAACGAUUUGGGCGAAGUUGAGUGUUCGUGUCCCGAAGGCUACGAUUUGAGGGACAAGACGUGCAUAAUCCCUGAUCCCUGUGACAAUAACAACGGGAACUGCUCACACGAGUGUGUCUCUGACGGGAUUAAAGCCACGUGUCAUUGUCCCGAGGAUUAUGUGCGAAUCAAUGAGACGCAUUGUGUUCCCGAUUUGUGUUUGGUUGAAAAUGGGGGUUGUUCCCAUAAGUGUGACUUUGACGGGGAUCAUGUGACUUGUGGGUGCCCCCAUGAGUAUGAUUUGGGGCCCGAGGGGCGCAUUUGCGCCCCGAGGGACCCUUGCACCGUCCAAAAUGGAGGUUGUUCCCACUUGUGCCAAAAUUUUGGAGGCAAAGUCAAGUGUGACUGUCCUAAGUUUUAUAAUUUGUCAGACGAUGGUCACACUUGUGUUAGGGUUAGUUUAUGUUCAAUUGACAACGGGGGGUGUUCCCAUGAAUGUACCGAGGAAGGAAACAAUGUUUACUGUCUUUGUCCCGAGGGAUAUUCGCUAGAAGACAAAACUUGCGUCCCAAUUGAUCCCUGUCGUAAAAACAACGGUGGUUGCUCACAUGAAUGUACCUCUGAAGCAAACAUUGUCUAUUGUUUGUGCCCCGAGGGUUACGAACUCGAUGGCAAGGAUUGCAUACUUAAUCCCUGUCAUGAUAAUCCCUGUUCCCACUUUUGCGAAGUUGUGGACGGGCUAGCGGUUUGCAAGUGCCCACAAAACUACGAAUUGUUUGGUAAAACCUGCACAAGGAUUAAUCCCUGUCAGAUUAAUAACGGGAAUUGUUCACACACGUGUGUCUCAAAUGACGGGAUUGCAACAUGCACGUGUCCGCCAGGACUAAAACUACAAGACAAAACACACUGUGUUGUCGAAAAUCCUUGUUUGAUUGACAACGGGGGUUGUUCCCACCAAUGUCACAAUCAAGAUGGCACAGCUCGCUGCACUUGUCCCCCGGGUUACAUCCUCCGACCGAACAACCGCGUCUGCAAGGAGGUCAAUGAGUGCAAAAUCCGGCGAGGUGGAUGUUCACACGGCUGUCGAAACCUGCCUGGGAGUUUCCAAUGCACUUGUCCGCCCGGGUUUGAGUUAGGGUUUGAUAACCGGACUUGUGUCGAUGUGAACGAGUGUUUGGAGGACAAUGGGGGCUGUCAUAUGACUUGUGUUAACUACAAAGGGGGGCACAAGUGUGGGUGUGAGCAGGGCUACGCCUUGCAGGAGGAUGGGAGGCACUGUGAAGCUAUUACCUUUCGGGAUUGCAGAGUUCCUGUUGCGCCCGAUCAAGGGAUUAUUAAGUGUAUUGGAGGGAAUUACGAAAAAGGGAGUUUGGCACCAGUGGGGACAAAAUGCAUGGUUUGGUGCAACGAGGGACACAAGCUAGUGGGGGAGUCGGUGAGGGUGUGUCAGAGUACGGGGAGUUGGGGCGGCAAGGAGCCACAGUGUGUAGCCGCUGCUUGCCCCCGCCCUGGCCCUAUCCAAAACGGGUGGCUCUUGCCCAGCAACUGCAAUAACGGUUUUACUUACGGGGGUGAAAAAUGCCGAAUUUAUUGCAAAAGGGGCUAUAAAUUACGCCCCCGAUUUGAGUUUCUCUCAUGCAGUGAGGACUUGAUUUGGCAACCCCUGGAAGCGGUGAAUCGACUUCAUGACGUUUGUGUUCGAGACAUCGAGCAUACGUAUAUUAAGUGCCCCGGAGGGGGACACCUGACCUAUACUCUGCCUCAGGGACAAAGGCACAUGUAUGCCAAGAUACCCCAGCCUGAGACCAACGCCAACUGGAUCAGAGAUGUCAAGGCUGAGCCCAGUUGGGGCAUGCAAUUGGGCACAAUUCUACCUGCUGGUCACACCCAGUUGACGUUUUACGUCGACCUUGAAGACCCAAGUCUUCUCCUCCACUCUAAUUUAACUUCUUGUAAACUGGUUAUUACAAUUUUGGACAUAGAAGACCCUAAAGUGACCGGAUGCCCCACCAACAUGGAAUACACCCUUCCAAGGGGGCACACAAGUCAACUGGUUUUCUGGAAAGAACCCCAAUUUAGUGAUAACGUCGGGAUCGCAAGACUUUACAAGUCGAGAGAACCUGGGACUUCGUUCGGUGUUGGCUUACAUCACGUCAAUUACGUGGCAAGUGACGAAGCCGGAAAUCGUGCUUUUUGCCACUUUACUGUCGACAUAAAAGAAGAAAUCGAUUCACCCUCAAAUGACCUAGCUUCAAAUUUGGAAAAAAGGUCGGAAAAAUAUCGCGCCGUUUUGGUUUGCCCGAGUGGAGUGCAAUACAUAUCGAAACCUCCCGAUUUAUACAAUAACAAGAUAGCAACUGAAGCUGGGUGUUACUGGAGACACGUGCGUGUGUCACGCCCAUUGCAGCCCCAAGGGUUGCGAAUCCCACCCCAUAGAAUUCACAACGAGAGUCGUCUUCCACCCCACUUGCAGAAGAAGCACCGGUACUUCGAAUGGUACGAUAAGUGUUGCUAACAAUCGCCAAAAAAUAUUAUUUUCGUGUACAAGACUAACAAAAUUAUUUUGAAUAAAAAUUUCCAAAAUCA